CGUCAUAAAAUAGAAUGAACUUAUGUCAAACUGUAGGUGCGACAGCUGCAUUUUUACAAAAGAGUGGUGUUUCUUGUGUAAAUUAAAUGAUACUUAUCUCUUAAUUCAUUGACAAAAGUCCAUACUUAGUGGCGGUGCGCGGUUCCGUUUCCAAAUGUAAUCGCAGUAUAUGUAUAAACCGACGAAACUAUGGCUUCCUUUUUGAAAUACCUUUUUGCCGGUUUGGUCCGGUAUUGGCUGAUGCACAUAGAUUACUGGCAAACAAUAUCAAACAGAGUGGAAAUAGCUACGCCUCUGAACUCUUGGAAGAGAUUAGUCGAGGGCGUGUACCUUUACGAUCAUAAUGUAAACCCAUACGAAGGAGAUGCCUUCCAUGAAUCACCCAUAAUGCUCAUAAUCUUCUACUACAUCAUGAAGAAGGCUCCAUUCAUAUUGCCGCUUCUGUUUACGUUACUUGAUCUACUGACGGCGUUUUUGCUGUACAGAAUGUCGAAAGCUUUUGUAAGGAUUUUGAAGGAUUCUCAAGAGAAAAUUAAGAAUGAGAUAGCUGAGGAUUCUAAGUCUAUGCUCCUGAGUAAUUCGCAGCUGGAAGAGGCAUCGGAGUACGUUUUGUCUGUGUAUUUGUUCAAUCCUUACUCCAUAUUGAACUGUGCUGGAAUGACGACUACAGUUAUACAGAAUUUGUUAGUGGCAGCGGCUUUGUGGAGUGCAUCUGGUGGGCGUAGGGUGCCAGCUUGUGCGUUUGUGGCGCUCGCUACACACCAGGCUCUCUACCCAGUGCUGCUCAUUGUGCCGGUGGCCAUAUUGCUUGCGGAUGUCAAUAAGGGCUGCAACAAGUGCUCCUAUAUCAGGACAUUGCUGGUAUUUGUCCUGUGCUGGGGAUUCCUUAUUUAUAUCUCGGCGUUUAUUAUGAAUGGUUCCUAUCAGUAUGUGUACAACACUUAUGGGUUCAUAUUGACUGUACCAGACUUGAAACCAAACAUUGGUCUGUUCUGGUAUUUCUUUACGGAGAUGUUUGAGCACUUCAGACUGCUGUUUGUGUGUGCGUUCCAAAUCAACGCCCUGGCUCUGUAUGUGAUCCCCCUCACACUGCGGUUCAAGACGGAGCCUAUCCUGUUAGCUACAGUUCUGAUUGCUCUCUCUGCCAUAUUCCGAUCUUACCCUUGUGUGGGAGAUGUUGGAUUUUACUUGGCUCUCUUACCCAUGUGGAAACAUUUAUUUACCUUUAUGCAACAGAAGUUCAUAGUUGGCUGUGCAUUCAUCAUCACUUCAGCACUUGGACCAACAGUGUGGCACCUCUGGAUAUACUCUGGCUCAGCAAAUGCCAAUUUCUUUUUUGGUGUUACACUCUCCUUCGCAACAGCACAAAUAUUUUUAAUAACAGACUUGCUUUUUGCAUUUAUCAAGAGGGAAUUUACUCUUAAACAUGGCUCAUCAAGAGAGGUAGACGGGAAACCUGCCAAGUUAGUGUUGCGAUAAUAUCAAAGUUGUGUCAUUCCAGUGAUAACUAUGUGAUUUUCUAAGAAAAAAUGUACAACUUUGUUGGUUGUUAAGAAGGAUAAUUUCUAAUAGUAUGCUAAAGCCAGUAAAAUAAUGUUGACAACCAACAAUGUAUUACCUUUUACCAGAACAUUUUACAAUUAACAUUUACUCACAUUUUUAUUUUCUUAUUUAGUUUGUACUACAUGAAUGCUCCAUAAUCUCGAGCAGAAGUUUAGUAUAUUAUGGGCGACUUAUUGUAUAUUGCGAGUUUUGUACCUAAUGCUAAAUAUUCUAGUUUAAUUGUCAAUUGUGUGGCAAGUAAUUAAAUUACUUACUUUUUACAUAGGUAAUGAUAGUCUGAUUUACAUUUGCACAUUAAUUUAUUGAAGCCAAAAGGACAUCUUGUAUAGCAAAAUAUUAACAUUUCUAGACGAACAAACUCCUUUUAGUUGCAGAGUUAAGUACCCCCCUGCAAACAAAUUUCUAUGCAGGGGGGUCACUUAUUUCUGCAGGUAGUACAUCUACUAUUGAAACAAGUAAAAAGUUAUGAGACUAUGUUCUUGAAUUUUAAGUUUACAUUUAAUUUUAAUUUGAUAUAAUUGUCAUGUACCACAUCUAGAUUCUAGUGGAACCCACUAGAAUAUAUUGUUACCUACUAUUGAACUCAGGUGGUUGGUGAGAGAUGGAUUAAUUUUUAUCAGUGUGCGACUGCUUUGUAUUAAAACUAAAUACUUAAACUAGAUUUAGACUUAAAUGAAUAUUUUACUAGAAUAUUCACUACUAACUGACCAGCUGGGUUAAAUGGUAGGGUAAUAGGGUUGUAUUGUAUAUACUGCUAUAAAUAUAUGUGAAAAUGACAGUAGAUUUUUUUUUAUUAGGUACUUGUAAAAGUAUUAACCUGUUUGCAUUUAUUAUUGCGACUUAAGAAUUAAUAUACCUAUGUUCAAAUUUAAAAGUGAGUUAACAUCUUUGUAUCAAGUCCUAGUUCUAUUCUAUGUGUACAUUCAGACAGGCAAUUAUAAAUGUGACAAGAUACUAAGUCAGGCAUUGCAUUCGAAUUGCAAAUUUGCUUUCUGCAAUUAAAAUAGAAGAUUUUUUUUGUUUCAUGAUGAAAUGUUGAGUUAAAAGAGCUGUCUUAUUUAUCACAACCUAGAACUUAGGGUCUAUAAUUAUUAAUUGUACUGAAGUCAAUAAAAACAACAUAUUUUUAAUAA